UUGCAUGUAAAAUGAAGUUGCUCGUGACUUUCGUGAAAUCUACCAGUGCUGUAGCCAUGUCUACCUCACACGAUGCAGGUCUGCAGUCUCAAAAAUCUACACCUAAGGAACAGAUUGUCAUUUCAGGAAUAGCAGGCUACUUUCCUGAAUCAGAGAAUGUGUAUCAGUUACAGGAAAAUCUGUUUAACAAAGUGAACAUGGUGAAACAAGACAACCAGCGCUGGAAAUAUGGUAUNGGAAUUAACUACAAACAGGCACACAUCAUGGAUCCACAGUGUCGUCUGCUGCUGGAGAGAGUGUAUGAGGCCAUUGUGGAUGCAGGUGUCAACCCUUGUCUCCUAAAGGGUCAGAGGACGGGGGUUUUUGUUGGUGCUGCAAGCAGUGAGACUGAACAAGUGUGGUGCUAUGGUAUGCCACAUGAAAAUGGAUAUGGGCUGACAGGUUGUUUUCGAGCUAUGCUUGCCAACCAAAUUUCCUACUGGCUUGGCGUCACUGGCCCCAGCUAUACAGUGGAUACUGCAUGCUCAUCCAGCUGCUCUGUGCUUGAUCAGGCGUACAGAGCCAUCCGUGAUGGGUGUUGUGACUCAGCUAUUGUGGGCGGCUGCAAUCUUUUUUUCCAUCCGCAGGCAUCCAUCCAGUUCUCACAGCUCGGUGUUUUAAAUCCACAAGGUGUUUGUAAAACCUUCGACAGGGAUGCUAAUGGCUUUGUGCGGAGUGAAGCCAUAUGUGCAAUCUUCCUUCAAAAUGCUAGCGAAGCAAAGCGUGUGUAUGCUACUGUACUCAAUGCCAGGAGCAACAAUGAUGGCUAUAAGGAAGAGGGCAUCAUGCAUCCGUCUGGAAAUACCCAUAAAUUGCUGUUAGAUGAGUGCUACCGGGAGUGUGGUGCCGACAAGUACUUACUAGAAUAUUUCGAAGCUCAUGGCACUGGCACCAAAGUUGGAGACCUUGAAGAAUUGAAAGAGAUUACCCUAGCUCUUUGCAAAGAGAGGAAGACACCACUGCUGAUAGGGUCAGUCAAGUCAAACAUGGGACACACUGAAGGAGCAGCAGGUCUUUGUGGUGUCAUCAAAGUCAUCAUUGGCCUGGAGACUGGCUUUAUACCCCCAAAUCUCCACUACAGCAACCCCAGAGAGGAAGCUGAAUCACUUAUAAAUGGACAGCUGAAGGUGGUGACUGAGAAGGUUCCAUGGACUGGUGACCUUGCGGGUGUCAGCGCCCUUGGACUUGGAGGAGCGAACACCCACAUCAUAUUGCAGAGGAAUCAGAAGCAAAAAGUAAACAGUGAGGCUCCUACUAAUUGUGUUCCGCCCCUUGUUGUUGCAUCUGGACGUACAGAAGAGGCAGUUGAUGUCAUCCUGAAGGAUUUUGAGAGCCAUCAAGUUGAUGCAGAGUUCGUGCACCUGAUGCAUGAUCUCCAGUCAACAGAAAUUGUUGGCCACAAGUAUCGUGGGUACACACUUCUCACACAGGAUGGCAGUAACCUGAGGAGUAUUAAAUUUUACCCUGGAAGCAAGCCGCCUGUCUGGUUCUUGUUCACUGGUAUAGGCUCACAGUGGCCGGGUAUGGGGAAAUCCCUCCUCACACUGCCGGUUUUCGCAGCUGCCAUUGGAAAAUGUCAGGAAGCUCUUAAGCAUCUUGGUGUAGAUGUGAUUCAUAUCAUCACAUCAGAUGAUUCAAAAAUCUUCAGUAACAUCCUAAAUUGCUUUGUGGGCAUUGCAGCUUUUCAGGUUGGGCUGGUGGACAUCAUGAGGGCAGUGGGAAUUGAGCCAGAUGGCUUUGUGGGCCAUGCUCUUGAAGAAAAUUGCCGUGUGACAUGUGAGGAACUUUCUGAAACCAUGGGGAUUCCACCAAAGUCAAUAUUCCAAAUUCUGACAAAUGAUUUAAAGAAGAGAAAGAUUUCUUUGUGGUGGGUCCCUCACUGCUUGACUGCUGAACAGAAGCAGAAACGCCUCAACAUUGCAAACUUGCUGAAACAAAGAUUCGACGUUGAAGGUCAAGCAUUCUUGUAUCGACUUGUCGCUAUUGAUGAAACAUGGCUGAUCCCAUGCGCAAAGCCCCGGUCUGCACACUGGGUGAGCUCUUCAGUACCACAGAGUGAAUGGAACACACCAAUAGCAACAGAUUUAUCAGCUGCGUACAUCACCAACAACCUGCUUAAACCAGUGCUUUUUGAGGAGGCAUCACGACACAUCCCACAUAAUGCCAUCACUAUUGAGAUUGCUCCACAUGGGCUGCUGCACCCUAUCCUGGAGUAUUCUCUCAACAAGGGCAUAACCAACAUUGCCCUUACAGAACGAGGUUACCCUGAUGGCACUGAGUGGCUCCUGACUUCUCUGGGCAAAUUGUACGAGCUUGGUUUGCAGCCACAGCUGGCAAACUUGUAUCCCCCAGUUCAGUAUCCUGUAAGCAGGGGGACUAGAAUGAUCUCACCACUGGUCCGCUGGGAGCACUCAGAGGACUGGUACAUCAUGCGCUGCAUCACAGAGUCCAAAGACAAAUCUAGUGAGCAAUCUGUGUCCAUCAGCUUGCAGGAUGAAUCAACAGAAUACUUAUCAGGACAUAUUGUUGAUGGCAGAAAUCUGUUUCCUGCCACAGGCUACCUUGAACUUGUGUGGAAAUCAGUUGGGCUGAUGACUGGACAAAAUUAUACUGAAGUACCAAUUGUGUUUGAGGAUGUACGGUUCCACAGGGCUACUAGCAUACCCAAGCAAGGAGAACUUCACUUUACUGUUAUGAUCCUGAAAGUGAGUGGGAAGUUUGAAGUAACAGAGAGUAAUACACCAGUUGUGAGUGGUUUGGUGCGGGUGCCCAUGAAGGUCUCCCAUGAAAUGGUGGCACUGGAGGCUCCCAGGCCUAUUGUCAAUGAUGAACUGCUUGAACUUUCAUCACGAGACAUCUAUAAGUAUCUUCGACUGCGUGGAUAUGAGUACCAAGGGCUCUUCUGUGGCCUUGUUUGCGCAGACAACCACGGACUUGUUGGACCAGUACUAGAAGGAGGGUGA